UUGCUUAUUGUGUGUCGAAAUAUUUUGGACUGAAAAUCAAUACUGAGCCGCUUUCGAAUACUUAAUAUUACGUAAAACUUACGUUUAAAAAUACAUAAUCCUGACGGCCGAUGCGAACCCUGCUCUGAGGUUGCAUUUACUGUCGUCUGCCUUAGCGGGGAAACGCCCAGCGGUAGGCUAUCAUAUCAAUUUGUAGCACGCUUUGGUCGAGUAUUUGACACUAACGAACACCAAGAAUGGCAACCUCGCCGUACUCCCUCGCACCCUUAGCGCCAACUGUCAAACAAAGAAUAUGCUUCAAAGAUACGGCCAGGUUCACGUACACUCAUAACAUGUACGUUUUCGGGAUUGGAUGUAUUUGCAUCGUUGGCCUCAUACUGAAUUUUCUAAAUGCCAGGACAUUCGCCGUGAUGGAAAAGAGAAAGUCUCUAGUGCUUUAUCUCCUCCGCAUUCUGGCGUUUAGUGACGCCGCAGUGUUGAUCACCUCGUUCGUUAUUUUCCCACUACGGCAUAUUGUUGCUAGGAUCGUAAAUGGAGAUGAUGUAUUCAUUAACGGAGACUUGCAAAUCAUGCCCUAUAUCUAUUUUCCUUUUGUGACGCCGUAUUUCAUAAGCGUGGAGGUGCGAAAUCACAUGAUGGUUCUGCUGGCUGUUGACAGGUUCAUCAAAUUGAUAUUUCCUCUCAAAGGGAAGAUGAUUGCAACACGUAGUAAUGCCAACAAAGCCAUUGUAUUCAUCGUAGUGCUUGCAUUUGCUUGCAAUCUCUGGCGUUACUGGUGGAUGUAUAUAGCAAAGAAUACCAGCCCAUGCUAUCCUGAUGACCAGGAUAGAGUAAAACAACGUGGCCCAGGGAAAUUGGGACGCUACAUUGACUGGGCCGUGUAUAUAGCAGUCCUUUUUGCGGUACCGCUUCUUCUGCUUCUAAUCUUGAACCUAGCUGUCAUCAUUUCUCUCAUUUCUACCAUGGCCAAGACAAGGCAGCUAAGAACCACUGAUUCGAAUGAAGCAGCGCAGCACCAGUUGUCCGUAAUGACGGCGUGUACGUGUACCUUAUUUCUCAUCUGCGAGCUUCCAGCCUGCAUUGACAGAGUCGGUCAGAUAUAUUUCGCGCUGGCAGGAGGUGCAACCUAUUGGAGAAUCGGAGGAUUCAUCCGCAAGGCGGGACUUCUUUUGACUGUUCUCGAUUCUUCACUAAAUUUCUUCAUCUACAUGCUGACCAACCGUAAAUUUCGUUCAACUCUUCUCAAAGGGCCAAGCAAAACAUAAUUAACAGAAGCGUUCACGAGUUUACUUACAUUCACAAAAUGUUAGUUACUUGUACAUGUAAAUGUUUACUGAAUAUAGCCACGCGAAACUGGAAACAGUCACAUCCCACUGUAAAAGUGUCAUAAACAAUGUACACGUAUAACCUAAACCCAUUUGGAUUUCUGUCGAUCGUAAUGAUCGCCGAGCCCGUAGCAUCGUAAUUUAAGAUGAUCUGCGUCAUUCAACAACAUGACGGCCUUAAAUCGAACCUUGUAACGAUUUGUAAUUUUCAAGAUGGCAGAAAUGGUAGCCAUCUUUGAAUUUUUGUUUCCGCACUGCAUUUCGAUGUGUACCACUAGAGGCUGCGAUGCUUGUCGAUUCGAGAGCCUAGUUUGAGUGCCCAAAGGUGUGACGCAAUAGCCAAAAUAAUUGGUGGAAAAAAGAAGUUGAUAUACAUGUACUCGCUUUAAGAAUAUGUUUAACUGAAAAGUGUGGAUAACUCAGUUCUGUUUCCAGUAAACAAUUACAUUUCGGAUGCAUUAAUAGAUUUCGCUUUGAAAGAAAUCUUCGUAAUAAACGCCGUUAAACUUGUUAAAAACUGGACACCAAUUCCAAAGAAACUGUAUACUCGCGAAUAUAAUUUGAUAAAGAAGUGCUGUUACAUGUACAUCGUGAUACAUUAGUAUACACUUCGCUCACGAAAGUCUAUUAUUACAUUGCCGCUAUUUGCAAACACCUGGUAAUUUUUAGUCCAGUCAUUUAAAGCGUUCGCGGUUGAAACGAACAAAGGUUUGUUUUGCUCUCAGUUUUACCAGCAUGGCUUGUUGAAAGGCAAAUCUCUGGACCAGUAAUUUUAAAAACAACGAGAGCGCAGACCUCAGCUAAUAGGUCCGAGGACGGGACAAAACUUCCGUAGCUACUUUUCGUCAUUGGCGGGCCCUUUUAGCUCCAAUACAAAAAUGUCGACACCAUCGCUUGACCUCGCAACCUUGCAGACCGUGAAGUCUCGGGUGUGCAUCUAUGAUACGGCCAAGUUCACGUACACUCAUAACAUGUACGUUUUCGGGGUUGGAUGUAUUUGCAUCGUUGGCCUCAUACUGAAUGUCCUAAAUGCCAGGACAUUCGCCGUGAUGGAAAAGGGAAAGUCUCUAGUGCUUUAUCUCCUCCGAAUUCUGGCCUUUAGUGACGGUGCUGUGUUGAUCACCUCGUUCGUUAUUUUCCCACUACGCCAUACUGUCGCUAGGAUCGUAAACGGAGAUGACGUGUUCAUUAAAGGAGACUUGGAAAUCAUGCCCUAUAUCUAUUUUCCUGUUGAGACGCCGUAUUUCAUAAGCGUGGAGGUGCGAAAUCACAUGAUGGUUCUGCUGGCUAUUGACAGGUUCAUCAAAUUGAUCUUUCCUCUCAAAGGGAAGCUGAUUGCAACCCGUAGUAAUGCCAACAAAGCCAUUGUAUUCAUCGUAGUGCUUGCAUUUGCUUGCAAUCUCUGGCGUUAUUGGUGGAUGUAUGUCGGAAAGAAUACUGACCCAUGCCAUCCUGACGACCAGGAUAGAGUAAAAAGACGCGGCCCAGGGCAAUUGGGAUACUAUAUUGACUGGGCCAUGUAUAUAGCAGUCCUUUUUGCGGUACCACUUCUUCUGCUUCUAAUCUUGAACCUAGCUGUCAUCAUUUCUCUCAUUUCGAACAUGGCCAAGACAAGGCAGCUAAGAACCACUGAUUCGAAUGAAGCAGCGCAGCACCAGUUGUCCGUAAUGACGGCGUGUACGUGUACCUUAUUUCUCAUCUGCGAGCUUCCAGCCUGCAUUGACAGAGUCGGUCAGAUAUACGUCGCGCUGGCAGGAGGUGCAGCCUAUUGGAGAAUCGGAGGAUUCAUCCGCAAGGCGGGACUUCUUUUGACUGUUCUCGAUUCUUCGCUAAAUUUCUUCAUCUACAUGCUGACCAACCGUAAAUUUCGUUCAACUCUUCUCAAAGGUCCAAGCAAAACAUAAUUAACAGAAGCGUUCACGAGUUUACUUACAUUCGCAAAAUUUUAGUUACAUGUACAUGUAAAUGUUUACUGAAUGUAGCCACGCGAAACUGGAAACAGUCAUAUCCCACUGUAAAAGUGUUAUAAACAAUGAAUAUAAUAAUAUAAUAAUAAUAAUAAUAAUUUAUAUAGCGCCGCCUAAAAAUAAAUUGUCAGCGGCGCUUUACAGAGAUGAAACCAUUUUGUACAUGCAUAAAAAGGUGAGAUCAAACAAUUACCCAAAAGCUUCAAUAAAAAGGUGAGUCUUGAGUGAUCUUUUUAAAACAUUAAAAUAAUCGAUGGCCCGCAUCGUUAUUGGCAAAGCAUUCCAGAGUCGUGGGGCGCAGACCGCGAAGGCUCUAUCCCCAGCCGUAACCUUUUGGGCCCGCUUCCACUCCAGAGUUGGAGCCGAGUUUGCCCUGGUCCUGAGACUUGGCCUCUGGAGUGGGAGCUGGAGAUAGUCGGGGCCUGCGCCCUGCACGGCUCUGAAAGCAAAAGUUAAAAUUUUAAACUUUAUACGUUGUUGGACGGGCAGCCAGUGCAGAUGGUGUAGCACUGGAGUGAUGUGGUCAUAUUUUCUGCUGCCCGUCAACAACCUCGCUGCUUGGUUUUGUAGCUUUUUUUAAUCUAUUUAUUUCAUAGGUUGGGAGACCAAGAUAAAGUGAAUUACCGAAGUCUAGUCGGGAUGUGAUAAAAGCAUGCACAAGAUUGCCUCAGAGAUCAACAGGAAGGUAUUGUUUUACAGAGGCAAUCUUGCGCAAGUAAAAGAAGCCCGACGAGACAACCGUGGAGAUUUGUUUAUGAAAUGACAAAUGACUGUCAAAUAGUACACCCAGAUUGCGCACAGACUCGCUAGGGACAACUCGAGCACUACCGACUCUCAAACACACAUUGUCCUUCACCAGUUUGGCCUCCUGAUGAGGUGACCGCAGCAGCAGGA